AUGGCGCAGCUCGGGCGGUUCCCGCUGUUCCGGCUCGGCACGCUGCUGGCGCGCCAGCUCAGCGUGCCCGUCGCACAACGGAUCAAGAGGUACGCGGUGCACAGCCCCGUGGUGCGGCGCGGCGUGCGGCGCGCGGGGCGCUGCUUCCACGCGGCCGAGCUGCGCUUCCGGCUGUGGUCGCUGGCGCUGCGGCCGCCGCGCGACCUGCCCUCCAUCUCCGACCAGGCCGCGCUCGACACCGGCGCCAACAUCCUCGGUGAAGCAGCAGUAUUCGCCUUGGGUGGUCUUAUCGUUGUUCUGGAAGUAAACAGACAAGCGAUCAAGCAGGAGGACAAGGUGCUGGAGGAGGAGUCGCGCUGGCUGGCGCUGCGGCUGUCGCUGGAGGAGCUGCGCCGCGAGCUGGCGCUGCAGCAGCAGGACAUCGACCGGCUGUUCACCACGCUGCGCCGCCUCGCGCCAGACCAGACCCCGCCGGCGACGCCACACGGACCUCCACAGCUUCAGCCGCGAUCCAAGGCCGAGGGCAUUCCACCUCAAAAGUCACAGUGUGAUUAAGCGUC